UUUUUUUUUUUUUUUUGCCUAGCGACUGACAACAAGGCGGGUAGCUCCACGUCGAAGCCCCUCAAGUGGCCUGGCCUAAUAUUGGAGUGAGACCCCGGCCCUAGGCUGGGGUUCUUUCCAUACAGAGGAGACGGAUUCAGAGGGGCUACAGGCCCCUCAUCUCUUCCCAUCUCCUUGACAACCGUUCCUUCUCGUCCCUCACGCCACCAGCAAGCAUUCUGCUUCCUUCACUCCCCAAGAAACUUAAGUGGGAUCCGACCUGCAAGACAGGGGGUGGAGAUGGGGGUGAUGCUCUUGGGAUUAUUGGAUGGGACCGAAAGACGAGUUUACCUUCUCUUCAGACCAAGAUUGUUGAAAACCAGACGUACGAUGAGCGUCUAGAGAUUAACGACUCUGAAGAGGUUGCAAGUAUUCAUACUCCAACCCCAAGACACAAAGGACUUCUUCAUUCCGCCCGUCUUUCUAACAAGACCAUGGCUGACAACAGCAGUGAUGAGUAUGAAGAGGAAAACAACAAGGAGAAGAAGAAGACCUCGCAGCUGACACCUCAGCGGGGCUUCAGUGAAAAUGAUGACGAUGAUGGUGACUCAUCCGAGACGGAUUCUGAUGAGGAUGAUGAUGAUGAAGGGCACGGGGCCCCCCUGGAAGGGGCCUAUGAUCCUGCAGAUUAUGAGCAUUUGCCAGUUUCGGCUGAGAUUAAGGAACUCUUCCAGUAUAUCAGCAGGUACACACCUCAGUUGAUUGACCUGGACCACAAACUGAAACCUUUCAUUCCUGAUUUUAUCCCUGCUGUUGGGGAUAUUGAUGCAUUCUUAAAGGUCCCACGUCCUGAUGGAAAGCCUGACAACCUUGGCCUGUUGGUAUUGGAUGAGCCUUCCACAAAGCAGUCAGACCCCACAGUGCUCUCACUCUGGUUAACUGAGAAUUCUAAACAGCACAACAUCACACAACAUAUGAAAGUAAAGAGCCUAGAAGAUGCAGAGAAGAAUCCCAAAGCCAUUGACACAUGGAUCGAGAGCAUCUCGGAGUUACACCGUUCUAAGCCCCCUGCGACCGUGCACUAUACCAGGCCCAUGCCUGAUAUUGACACACUGAUGCAGGAAUGGUCCCCAGAGUUUGAAGAGCUUUUGGGCAAGGUGAGCCUGCCCACCGCAGAGAUUGACUGCAGCCUGGCCGAGUACAUCGACAUGAUCUGUGCCAUCCUAGACAUCCCGAUCUACAAGAGUCGGAUUCAGUCCCUGCACCUGCUCUUCUCCCUCUACUCGGAAUUCAAGAACUCACAGCAUUUUAAAGCUCUAGCUGAAGGCAAGAAAACAUUCACCCCUCCCUCCAACUCCGCUUCCCAAGCUGGAGAUGCAGAGACAUUGACCUUCAGCUGAGACACCCCCCAGGUCUCUCUGCUCCGAGGCUGAGCUGGCGCCUCUGCCCUGGCUGAGGAGAGACGGUCAUCAGCCAUGUGGCCUCUGCGCCUGCACACAGCCGGACGCAGGGACGCGGACGUCCUGCUGCCCUCUCUGCCAGAAAGUACUGCGCGUGUUCCUUAAAUGGCUUCUGCCUGUCUCCAGUUUUCUUCCCGUGGGAAUCACGCAUCUAUCUACACCACUGUGGGGACUUGAGUUAGAAGAACAGAAGGAUUGGAAUGUCUGGGAUUCCAGGGUGCUCAGCUUGGGAGGAAAGUUUCAAAGAUGUAUUUUUUGAGACAGUGAUGGAAUUAUUUUCUUUCAUUCUUAACGUUACUGGCAAAGAUUUUGCAAAUAAAAUGCCCUGACUUUCA